AUCAGACACAACACGGUGAAGUUCUCUUCUUGAAUCGUUCCUCGUCUUCAACAGACAUCACCUCCUUGUCUGAAAUCAGGUUUGGAUCCUCCUCUCUGCAUAAAGCUUCGAUCUUUAAGUGAGAUCCUCAAGAGCUUCAAAUGAAAGUUGUCCCCUUUUAGCUCGAUUCACCUCUGUCUUCGUUUUGAUUUCGAAUCUUUUAGCUUCUUAAUGAAUAAUUAGAUUCUGGGUUUCUCUAGAGCAUAACAUCUGAUUGAAAAGUCAGAAACUUUGUUAACUUUUAUAGUUUUUGCUCUGCAGAAUGGUUGAUUUGUCUACUCUAUCUCCUACGGAGAUCACAGUGAUGGGAUCCGUAUUCUGCGUUUUACUCUCAAUGCACUUCACCAUGCAGCUCAUAUCCCAACAUCUCUUCUACUGGAAGAGCCCUAAACAACAAAAAGCCAUCCUCAUCAUUGUUCUCAUGGCUCCUGUUUACGCUAUCACUUCCUUUCUGGGCUUGCUUGAUGCUAAAGGAAGCAAAACCCUUUUCAUGUUCCUAAACACCGUUAAAGAUUGCUAUGAGGCACUUGUCAUUGCUAAGUUCUUGGCGUUGAUGUGUAGCUACGUAAACAUUUCCAUGAGUGGAAUGAUUAUCCCUGAUGAGAUUAAAGGGAGAGAGAUUCACCAUUCGUUUCCAGUGACUCUAUUUGUUCCCAGGACUACACAUUUAGAUCACCGUACACUGACACAGCUCAAGCAUUGGACGUGGCAGUUUUGUAUUAUCCGCCCUGUGUGUUCCUUCUUGAUGGUAUCACUGCAGCUUCUCGGGAUUUAUCCACCGUGGUUGAGCUGGAUCUUCACUGUUACUCUAAACGUUUCGGUAUAUUUGGCUUUGUAUUCUUUGGUGAAGUUUUACCAUGUUUUUGCCAAAGAGUUGGAUCCUCAUAAGCCGCUUACAAAGUUCAUGUGCGUCCAAGGGAUAGUCUUCUUCUGCUUUUGGCAGGGAGUAAUGCUGAAGGUAUUGGUGGGAUUAGGAUUAAUAAAGUCUCAACACUUCUGGUUGGAGGUGGAGCAGCUUGGGGAAGCUCUGCAAAACGUGCUUGUGGUUCUUGAGAUGAUUGUCUUCUCCGUUAUGCAGCAAUACGCUUUUCAUGUUGCUCCCUAUAGUGGAGAAACCGAAGCUAAGAUGAGAAUGAACAAGAGGGAUUGAUUCCUGAAAGAGAGGAUUUAGACCAGAGAAGAGUUAUUUUUUUUUUUUUUUGUUAAUGUGAAUGUUACUGAUUUUCUCUUAAGAACACAUUUUGGAUAGUGAUUAAUAAAGUUUCUUAGCUUCUCUCUAACGCUUG